GACUUUUAACGCCGUGCAACUGUAUAUAUACCUCCACCAUUCGUCCCCCUUCACGCUUUCGUCUUCCUCUUCCUUUUUCCUCUUCCUCCGUUCAUCGUUAUCUCCUCCCGCGUUCCAUCUGUCUUCCAUUAUCGUCUCUCUCAAUAACUACACACAUAAACAUACUGAUAUUAUUAAUUCUUGGUGGGUGAAUUGCAUUUAGAUUGGGGUUCUGAAGUUCAAUCAGAAAUGAAGAUGUUUGUCUGACACCCAUGGAAGAAUUAGUGAUUGAAAGCGUAAAGCUCUGAUCGUAUUUGUGAAAGCGCGAGAAUACAUUCAAUUGUUGAUAAAAUAUGUGCGAACCAGAUUCAGAUGUCGUGAAAUGGGGACUCCACUUCCUCGAUGUCGACCAAAUAUUCAGUUCCACUUAUUACGGCGAUAGCAAUCAACACGACGUGAACAUCUGUCAUGAACAGUAUAACAAUGGAGGUAACAGUUAUCAAGAGAAUGAUUUCAACAAUGUCCAAAACGAUGAAAUGCUAGCUCACUCUCUUCAACAAGAGCUAUUAGAUCUCUCAAUUUCAGAUGGAAAUGAAUUAUCCAAUCCAGAAGAACAUUUACAAACAUCAAACGAUACUCAAGAAUGGUAUACUCCAUCACCAGAUAAUUACUAUUAUGGUGAUGAAUCUAGGUUACAGGAAACAGAGGAAAUGGGACAUUCAAGUUCUUGUUCAAGUCCUGGAAAUAGGUCUUAUGAUGGUGAUGAAUAUUCAUACAAUUUAGAAAUAACAGAUGAAUCUGAGCUUGAUGGUGAAGUAGGCAAGAGAUUGACUGAAAUUGUCCCUGUUCCUCAUAUCCCUAAAGUUAAUGGAGACAUACCUUCAGUUGAUGAAGCUACUUCUGAUCAUCAAAGACUAUUAGACAGGUUGCAGUUAUAUAACUUGGUAGAGUCAAAAGUUCAAGGAGAUGGUAAUUGCCAGUUUCGGGCAUUAUCAGACCAAUUUUAUCGUUCACCAGAGCAUCAUAAAUUUGUGAGAAGACAAGUGGUUAAUCAGCUUAAAUCACAUCCAGAGAUGUAUGAGGGAUAUGUCCCCAUGGCAUAUAGUGACUACUUAAAAAGAAUUUCCAAGAGUGGAGAAUGGGGAGAUCAUGUCACCUUGCAAGCAGCAGCAGAUUCUUAUGGGGUCAAAAUUUUUGUUCUAACCUCAUUUAAAGAUACAUGUUCCAUUGAGAUUCUUCCAAAAGUUCAGAAUUCAAAAAGGGUCAUUUUCUUGAGCUUUUGGGCUGAGGUGCACUACAACUCAAUCUACCCUGAAGGAGAAUUGCCACCACCGGAAUACAAAAAGAAGAAAAGGUGGUGGAACUUUAAACACAGGCAUCAAGCGUAUCUUGAUUGAAAAGAUUUGUGAUGAGGGGUGGUUAAUGGUUAUUCUUGAAAUCUAUAGGAAAUAAGUUGUCAUUUUACAUCAUGUAUAGUAAUGUUUCUUGGUUCUUUAAAAGGUGAUGAUGCUGAUAUAAGCAUGCAUGCUUCUGUUUUCUUGAAUUGGCAUGGUUAUUUAUGGCGUUGUGAUGGAUUGAUGGAGCCUUGAUUUUAGAUUCACUCAUUAAUAAAGCUUACUUUGUAGCUAGAUAGUUGUCAAAGAAAGAUGGUUGUUUAGGAGUAAAUGUGACUCAUUAGCUGAAUAAAAUGGUCGAUUCUAUGGGAACAUUCUUUAA